AUGUUACAUCCUCCAAACUCGACCAACUUUUAUAGCCAUUCGGGUUCCUUUAACAAUGAUAUCAACAAUAAUUUCCAAACAUCUAUAUCGAAUGAAUCACAGUAUCGAGUGCUUCAAGAGCUUAUACAGGAGUGUAUCUCUCAAAUGAAUUUUGAGUCAGCAUAUUUCUAUUCGGAGUUGUUUUUCACUCUCACAACUACUAGUUUAAAGUCUACACUUUAUGUAUCAUCAAAUUCAAAUUCGAAUUUAUCUACUUUUGCAAAUCAUAGUAUGGCACUUCAUCAUAAUGACCUUAGGAGUCGCCAUAGGAACAACAAUAAAAAUAACGAUAACGGCUAUAAUAAUAGGAUCAAUGAUAAGAAUAGUGAGAGUAAUAUUAAUACCAACAAAAAUAUCGACAGUUUAUUGAAAUAUAAUGAAAUAUCCAACUAUUUGUACUGUCUCUCUGCAUAUUUGAUUGAAGAUUUUCAUACAGCAUAUGCAAUUGCUGAAAAGGCAUUUCAUUUUAAUAAUUUGGGCAUAUCUUUCAUUCAAGCUAAGGCAUCGUUAAAACUUUCUAAAUAUUUUAAAGAGGCUUUUUCAGCAUUGCAACGAAGCUUUAAUCGAUCUAUAAGACUGUCAAAUCAAAUUCAAUCAGAUCUGAAUAACCUUUAUAAUAUAGAUUCAAAUUCAAAUACAGAUUCUCAACAUCAAAGCUUAAACAAUAGUAAUAACGGUAAUAAAAAUAAUAAUAAUAAUAAUAAUAAUAAUAAUAAUAAUAAUAAUAAUAAUAUCAAUGUUAAUAAUAAUAUCAAUGUUAAUGUUAAUGAUGCACAUGGUGAUAAUUCAAAUCAGUAUCCAAAUUUUAUUUUGAACUCCGUUAUUGAUGAUUCUUAUUUGACAAAUUUAACAUUUUGGCCAAAUCACUCCACUAUUAAUCUAAUUCUGGGCAAACUAUCAAUCUCUUUAUCAUCUUCAUCUUCAUCAAAUUCCGAUGAUUCAAUAAAAUAUUUUUCAAACUCUUUGGUUGAAUUCCCAUAUUUAUGGGAAUCAUUUACUUCUUUAUGUGAUAUUAAGGCUCCAAUUGACUUAAACGAUUUUCAAUCAUUAUUAAAUUCAUAUUCUAUUCAUACAAAAUACUUAUACUACAAGUUUGAAUAUUUACAAAAAAUAAUAAUAGUACAAACAUUAGCAAAUCCAAACACUAGUGAUCGUUCUCAUAUUGGAACCACUAUUAAAAAUAAUAAAACUAAAACCCAAAAUCAUCAAAUUACUACUACUCCAACUCCUAUACACACAACUGUCUUAUUCAACGAUAUGACUGCAAGCAAUCAAAAUAAUUUUCAAACAAGUCAUGAUUUGCACCCUCAAGAUCAUAUAUCAGAUUAUGGUAAGUCAAAUCUUUUUGAAUUCCAUAAUAAUCAUUUUAGGCUCUCUCCUACAUCAAAUUCAUUAUAUCCCAAGUUAAAUUCGAAAUAUUUUAUAGAUUCAUCAUUUAAAGAUAAAAAUUCUAUUAUUGAUUCACAGACACAAGCCUCAACAAAAAAUGCCUUCCCUGACCUGAUUAUUAAUUUUUGUAAAAUUUUAGUUUACUCUACAAAUUUUGAUUCAUAUAAAGCUAUUCGUAUAUUAUAUGAUAUAAUUCCAUCAAGUUUAAGAGAUAAUAUGCCUUGGUGCUUGGCAACAAUGGGAAAGUUACAAUUUGAAAUAGUUAAUUAUAAACUAUCGAUUAAUUAUUUUAAAAAAUUAUAUGAUUUACAGCCAACACGACUAAAAGAUUUUGAAAUAUUCUCAACUGUAUUAUGGCAUUUAAAGGAUAAAAUUAAUCUUUCACAAAUCUCAAAGACUUUAAUAGAUAAUUAUCCAAAUAAUUCAAUAUCUUGGUGUUUUAUCGGUAAUUAUUUUUCCUUAAUUAAUGAUCAUGAUAAAGCAAUUAAAUAUCUUAAAAAGGCUACCACUAUUAAUCCAAGAUUUACUUAUGCUUAUACUUUAGAAGGUCAUGAACAAGCAUCAAUCGAUGCCUUUGACACAGCAAAGAAUUGUUAUCGUAAGGCAAUUGCAUGUGAUCCAAAUCAUUAUAAUGCAUAUUACGGUUUAGGUACAUGUUGUAUGAGAUUAGGGCAAUAUGAUCAAGCUUUAUUAUAUUUCGAAAAGGCAAAAAUGAUCAACCCAUCAAACGCUAUUUUAUUAUGCUGUUGUGGUUCUGCUCUAGAAAAAUUAAAUUUUAAUGAAAAAGCGUUGAACUAUUAUGAACUAGCAUGUAAUUUACAACCUAAUUCCUCAUUUGCUAAGUUUAAAUUGGCAAAACUAUUAUAUUCUAUGUCACGAUAUAACUUAGCAUUAGAGAUACUUGAGCAAGUUAUUGAGAUGGCACCUGAAGAAGUUACACCUCACUUCCUAUUAGGCCAAUUGUACCAAAUGAUGGGAAGAAAGAAAGAUUCUGUUAAAGAAUAUACCAUUGCAAUGAAUUUAGAUCCCAAGGGAAGUCAAGUAAUCAUGGAUGCGUUUGCAAAAUCAACGGACAAAUAA